GCUGGCUCCGUGGCGUUGCUGCCUGCUUGAUAUUGAUCAAUGAGUCUUUCGUUGCCUGUGGCCGUCUGUCUGCUUUGAUUUGCCAAACCGCUUCUGGUGCGGUUGGUUCCAGAGGCCGUAAAACGGCGGCCAACAAACAAAUAGGACAAAUGUGCUGCGCCCAAUUUGUGACACCUUAAGUCUUGAAUGGAGCCCUCUCUUUCAUCGUCCAAACCAUCUCAUCCCCCGUCGUCCACAUAAGAUCAAGGACGCCGCCGCCACUACAUUCUUCUCGCCAAACUCAAAAUCGAGGUCCUUAUUAGUGAGACGCCGCGGUCGUGAUCAAGGAAAUAGAGGCUUUUAAUUAACUGAAUAUAAUUUCUGCCUCCCCUCAACCCCUGAACCAUCGGCUUAUCAAGCAACAACUCCCAGCCUCCCCGGCCAACACCCCCACCACCACGAAACAUCACCAUGCCUCUCCCCCGACCCUCGCCCAAGGACGGCUUCACAUUCACCUGGGACCCAUCUGUCGAGCACCUGAACGUGUCCAUGAAAGAGUACGUCAGCACGCACGCCGGGCUCGACGCCACGUGCACGGGCGCGCUGGUCUUCUCCCGAGCUGCCGCGGGAGGAGGAGACGGACAGGAAGACCGCAUCCUGCUGAUGCAGCGCGCGCCGACCGACUCGAUGCCGCUGCGCUGGGAAGUGCCCGGCGGCGGCUGCGACUGGGACGACGCGUCGCUGCUGCACGCGCUGGCUCGCGAGCUGUGGGAGGAGAGCGGCCUGCUGCUGCGCGCUGUCGUGCGCCAAGUCGGCGAGCCGCAUCUCUUCGCCACGCGCCGCGGGCUGCGCAUUGCAAAGUUCACGUUUGAGGUUCAAGUCGAGGGUGAGGGCGGGGCGCUGCCGCAGGUCACGCUCGACCCUAACGAGCACGUGCGCUUCCUCUGGGCUACCGAGGAGGAGUGCCGCCGGCACAGGGUUGCUGUUGGCGACGGUGGAGAGGAGGUUGUUGAUAUCGAGUUUACCACGAAGGCGCAGUUUGAGGACAUCCUGUUGGGAUACCGUCUUCGGAGGGAGGCUGAGGUGAAAGCUGUGGAAUCGGUUUUAGCUUAAUUAAUUACUCUGUAGGCAGGGGGUUGGUGAUAGAGUCUUUGCAAUUGGUUGGCAUUGCUGCGCGAGCUGGUGUCAGUGCUUCUCGUUGCAUACCAGGAAUCAUAACCAAGAGCAACUGCUAGAAAGGCGUUUUGAGAAUGAAACAGUUACUACGCAUUUGAUUUUGUUACUAUGAAGGCCUAUUUUUCAUUUUUGUCAUAUUGGAAUUUUGAAUAUUGG